UGAUUUUCUAUUUGCUGUCUGUAGGAUGUAGAUGUAAUCGAUAGAAGUGGAAAAGCAACUUUUAGUAGAAAAGGUGAAUAAACGUGACGUUACGAAGACUUGAUAUUAAGACCAGUACCAACGUCCAUUACAACUUUUACUGAGAGCACUUCAACAACAAUUUAAUAUGUUUCAGAUUCUACAUUAAUCAAGACCCUACAAAACCAGAGAUGACCGGACGACAAUCAACACCAAUCGCUAUUAUUGGCAUAGGUUGUAGACUACCAGGUGGUGUGACGUCAACAGCUGACUUCUGGGAUGUUCUCCGAAAUGGAAUAGACUGCAUCAGUGAAGUACCAGCUGAUCGUUGGUCGUUGGACGCAUUCCACGACAAGGACCAAAGAAAACAGGGAAAGAUGGUGUCUAAAAGAAGCGGUUUUAUAAAUGGUAUUGACCAGUUUGACAAUACGUUCUUCAAGAUCUCACCAAAGGAGGCUUCAUCCAUGGACCCUCAGCAAAGAAUACUAUUAGAGGUUACGCAUGAAGCUUUCGAGGAUGCUGGGUAUGUACCAUCCAAAUUAAAGUCAUCAUGCGGAGUUUUUGUUGGUAUUGGCUUUGUGGACUAUACCAUAAUGGGAUCGAACAUAUCCACUAUUAACGCAUAUACCCUCACUGGCUCAGCACAUUGUGUUGCUGCUAACAGGCUUUCUUAUGCGUUCAACCUGAAGGGUCCUAGCUACGCUGUAGAUACUGCAUGUGCUUCAUCAAUGACAGCUAUGCAUUUAGCAUGUUCUGCAAUGUGGAACCAAGAAUGUGACAUGGCAGUACUUGCUGGAGCCAAUGCUUUGAUAAUUCCAGAAACAACAAUAGGAUUUAGCUCACUUGGCGUUCUGUCACCAGAUGGAAAAUGCUGUCCGUUUUCUAAUUCGGCAAACGGCUACGUCAGAAGUGAAGGCUGGGGAACAAUGAUUUUGAAACCUCUUCAUGACGCAAUAAAGGACAAUGAUCAUAUAUAUGCUCAAAUUGUCGGCACAUACAUAGCAGCUAAUGGUCACAGUAACAGCCUGACAAUGCCAUCUACGCCUGCCCAACAGCAUACAAUGGAAGAAACCUACAGACGAUUUGAUGUCAACAUGGCUGAUGUUGAUUACCUUGAGGCCCAUGGAACUGGAACACCAGUAGGAGAUCCAAUAGAGGCAGAAGCUAUAGGAAAUGCAUUUGGGCCCCAUAAAAGUGAUCCUCUUAGAAUAGGAUCCGUUAAGAGCAACUUUGGUCAUUGUGAAUACGCAUCUGGUAUUGUAUCUUCCAUCAAAGUGGCACUUAUGCUUCAAAAGGGAUAUUUAGUUCCAACCAUUAACUAUACAACACCAAAUGUAAAUAUACAUCUUGAUGAAUGGAAACUUCAUGUUCAAACCUCUAUCAAACCAUUUCCUAAAGAUAAAGAUAUUAUUGUUGGUAUAAACAGCUUCGGUUUUGCAGGAGCUUUAGCCCAUGCUAUCAUACAGUCACCUCCAUCACAAAAGCAAAACGUUUUGCAGUACCCGGCAGGUUGGGGCUUCAAUAGCAAUUUCGGUGAAGGUGAAUCAAUCAUCAUACCUUUAUCCGCUAAGUCUACAGCUGCGUUGACAGAUACAGCAUUGCGUUGGAAAAGUUUUGAGAGCAACGAAGACGCACUGAGGGUUGUCGGCUGGCAGGCUACCAAACGAGCGCAUCACGACUGUCGUCUUGCAUUAAUAGCAAGUUCAUGGUCAGAGUUCCGAAACAGAUUAGAACAGUUUAUUCAAGAUGGCAGUGGUGAAGGUUUAUCAAUUGGAACUAGUUAUAGAUCAUCAAGCAAAAUAUGUUUUGUAUUCCCGGGACAAGGGCAGCAAUGGGCAAACAUGGGAAGGACGCUUUAUGCUACGGAACCUGUGUUCCGAGACACUAUUGAGAAAUGCGAUGAGAUAUUCCGCCAAGUGAGUGGAAGUUCCCUUGUAUAUAAUUGUAACUUGUUCUAUGGAAAUUAUAACUCUGAGUUUAUACUCGACGAUGAGAAUAUCAACGACAUGGAAAUCAGUCAGCCAGCAAUUUUAUUCCUACAAAUCGCCCUCUACGAACUGUGGCGACACUGGGGUGUGUCACCAGAUGUUGUAGUAGGACACAGUCUUGGAGAAGUAGCAGCAUCGUAUGCAUGUGGCGGAUUAACACUUACAGAAGCAGUUAAAGUUAUAUAUCAACGAAGCAAGAAUCAAUCACUUUUAAAGGGCGUCGGUAGCAUGGUUGCUGUUCGAUUGUCAUUGGGAGAAGCUGAAGAUAUUUGUAUGUAUAAUGAAAACGUAUAUAUUGCAGCAGUUAACGCUUCAAGGUCAUUGACAAUUGGCGGAUCUAAAGACAGUAUUUUAAGGAUUGUGAAUAAUAGUGAAAUACAGGCAAAGCAGCUCCGCGUCCAAUGUGCGUUCCAUACACCUCUCAUGGACCCCAUAGAGAAACCAUUCAGAAAGUCAAUGGAAGGAGCUGUAAUCACUCCUGCCGGUUCACGAUCAAUUCCAUUCUAUUCAACAUUGACAGGAACACAGUACGAUGGUGACUUUAACACAGAGUACUGGUGGAAGAACAUCAGGAACCGAGUCAAAUUUCAAUCUGCUAUUGAAAGUAUAUUAAAAGAAAUUGAAGUCAACGUAUUUAUCGAAUGUAGCGCGUCUGCAACACUCCUCUCUUCCAUAAAGCAAAUAGCAAGGUCGGAAUCAGAAAGUUACGUCAUCACUGUUCCGUCUGGUCAAAGGCAACAGGAUGAUAGAAAUUCUAUUUUAUAUUCUCUAGGGCAAUUGUAUACACAUGGUGUGGAAAUCAAUUGGCAGAAUGUCACAAGAGAUGCUGCGCAAUGGGUAGAUAUCCCCAAAUAUCCCUGGCAACAUUCUAGUCUUUGGGUUGAGGAUCCGGAUCAUCGAAAUCACAGACUUGGCAAGAAUGACCGUACAUUUAGAGGUCAGAACGGUGCCUUGAACUUUAAAUUAUUCCCAUUUCUUGCAGAGCACGUAGUUCAAGAUCGAAUUGUUUUUCCAGCAGCAGGCUACGUAGAGUAUGCACUACAGUCGUUUUUCCUUGAAGAUGAACUGCCUGUUGCUGCUAAUUUUAACUUCAACCGAGUGUACACAUGGCCAGACGUUAGUGACAGCAUGGAGCAAGCUUAUUUGAAUCUGAAAUGUACCAAAGACGGUAACCGUGUUACCGUUACAACUGCAGAACAAGUUUACAGCACAUGUAUAUUAUUAUCCACAAACGAGAUUAAGACUAAUCAUUUGAAUAUUGAGGAUAUUCUAAAAAGAUGUAGAAAUGAACAAUCUAUGCAGAAGUGCUACGAAAAGCUUAAAUCGCUUGGCCUCCAAUACGGUCCAUCGUUUCAAGUAGUAACCAGGGUGAUGGCUGGGGACGGCGAGUGUCUUGGAUAUCUUUGCCCAGCAGACGAUAACAAACAGCGCAUACAAGUAACACACUUGGACGGAGCAUUUCAGCUACUUUUACACAGUAUCGGCUACACUACAACUCUUUUUAUUCCAGUUGCUAUUAGCCACCUUGAAAUGUACACACCAAAGAUUCCACCAUUUGAAGAAAUUGUGUCUUAUGCGAAAGUAACUGAAUGUGACAGUGUUACUUUACUUGGUGACAUAACUAUGGCAACGAAAAAUGGAAAGAUAUUGGCAUUGAUUUCUGGUGUUAAAUGUCAAGCCCUUAACGGAAUCCAGUCAAAUAUAGAUAUAGAUAGGUGCUUGUAUCAGACACAUUGGCAACCAUCCACAUCAUGCCUUGGCAGCACUUCGGUUUUGCAAGAGGUUUUUCAAUGUAUGAAAAACAAUGACCGAUACUCAGUAGAUUUGGAGAGUAUCAGGAAAGUUGAAGGGCAAGUUGCUAUUAUAAAAGGCAUAUGCGCAUCUUACGUGCGUCAUGGUCUUGAAAAUGGUAACAAAGGCACAUUUAAAUUAAACACACGUUAUCUCAAGUGCUUAGAAAGAAUUGCAGCUGACCAAUCAGUUUUAGAUAUAAAAUAUGAAGCCAUACAUGUACAGCUAAACGAGCUCAAAGAUUACGUACCGGAGUUUGAGCUGGAAAUAGAAAUGAUACGAAGUAUUGGCGAUAACCUCUCUAGGACUUUAGUAGAUCCUGAAAGCGCAGUUAAGAUAUUAUUGCAACCUGAAUUCCUUCCAAAAUAUUUCAUUGAAUCACUUACCACGAGGCUGUAUUAUAAGUCAGCAGCAGACACCAUUUCAAAGAUAAUCAAGAAUGCAUGUAAACAAAAACAUGUUGUCCGCGUAUUGGAAUUAGGAGGUCGUGUGGGAGGUCUUGCAAGACACAUAUUAGAGCCGUUAAAAUUACUAGGUGAAGAAAAUCGAGUUGAGUAUAUAUUUACAUAUCUGAGUGCCACAUAUUUAAUGCACGCUCAAAGUACACUUGAGGAGUAUUCAUUUGUGAAAUACAAGCAAUUAGACAUUGAAGCUGAUGUAUCAACUCAAGGAUUUACACCUUGCUCGAUAGAUUUAGUCGUCUGUUUUGAUGCAAUCCAUCCAGUUGUAGAUAUAAUUUCAACACUUCAAAAUGUCAGAGAUCUAUUGGUUGAUGAUGGGCUAUUUUUAAUGUAUGAGGUAACGAAUACUAAUUACAUUACUGAGUUAGUGUUCGGAGUGCUUGACCUUUGUUGGGUUUACGAUGACUAUAGAAAAUAUUGCUGCUGGUUGACAAGAGACGGAUAUGUUCAGGCACUAUUAAACAGUGGUUUCACUGAUGUAGUAUCUGAAUCAACACCAGGAGAGUUUUUCCAUAGUGUGUUUCUUGGCCGUUGUACCUUAACAUCCGAUGAACCUAAACAAAAAACAAAGGACAGAAUCUACAUGCUUGUCGUAGAAAACGAACAGUGCCCAUUGAUUAAAGAUAUCAAGAAGUGUCUCACAUGUGAUGUAAUAGUAAAAUCGUAUGCUGAUGUGAAAUCAGAAGAUUUUGAUGAAGAAUCUCAAGAUUUACCGUACGAACUGAUUUACUUGUGGGGAGAUAGUGAUCGUCUAUGCCAUGCACUGUUGAAAGUACUACAGAUGAUUGACAGUGAUCCUAAAAGAAUUUCAAAAUUAUGGGUAGUGACAUGUGGAUCAAACAUGACGUAUACAAACAUCGAAUGCAGCCCAUCAAUUGGACUUGUAAGAGCAGUGACAAACCAAAGCAAUGUCCCUGUAUUUUCAGUGGAUAUCGACCCAAACAGUCCAGUAGCCAAACAAGUCCAACUACUUGUAGCCUACGUGGUAGCACCAGUAUCUUAUGAAAGGGAGGUUGCCAUAAGGAAUGGGUCGUAUUUCUAUCCUAGGCUCGCUUCCUACAUCCCAACAACUAAAAUGGCGAUAAGUGGUCAGACAUAUUGGCAAUUAACACAAACUUCAAAAUCAGGCCUUUCUUCAAUAAGCGAUCUCGGUAUUUCUUACAGAACUGAAAUGGUUCCAUCCCCUGGUAAAGUGCUUGUUAAAGUGAAGAGCGCAGCUUUGAAUUUCAAAGACGUUAUGAUGGCACUUGGAAUGCUUGAUGAUUUGUUAAAAACCGAUGGAAAACCGUUCGGUUUAGAGUUAAGUGGUGUGGUUGAGACUGUUGGGGAAGGUGUAAGUACAAUCAGUGUAGGUGAUGAAGUUAUUGGGAUCGGUGAACAUUGUUUUGCUUCACAUAGCAUCUGUGAUGCUCAGCUUAUCGUUAAGAAACCAUCAACUAUGUCAUGGGAUGAAAGUGCAGGUAUUUCAAUCGUUUUUGCUACAUCAUAUCAUAGUCUUGUUGAACGUGCCAAUCUUCAGAAAGGAGAAACAGUCUUGAUACAUUCUGCGUGUGGUGGUGUAGGAUUGAGUGCCAUACAGGUCGCAAGAAUGGUCGAUGCAGACAUCAUAUGCACUGCUGGAACGAAGAAUAAACGUAAAUUCUUAAAGGAGACACUUGGUAUUGCACAUGUAACUGAUUCACGUUCAGAUGCAUUCUACGCUGACGUCAUGAGAUGGACAAACAAUAGAGGUGUAGACGUUGUGCUAAAUUCACUAUAUGGGGAGCUUCUUACGAAGGGAGUCAAAACUCUUGCUCCUGGUGGCAGGUUCUGUGAGAUUGGUAAAAGAGAUAUUCUUCAGAGCUCAAACCUUGAUAUGCAGUUAUUACUAGAAAACAAAUCUUUUCUAUCAUGUCAAAUAGACUUCAUGGUCGAUCUGCAAAAAGACAAAGCACAGAAACUGUUACAGAAAGUAUCAUCAUUACUUGAGAAAGGAAUACUUAAACGCGUCCAGUAUGCUGCCUAUUCACUUGCUGAGUACAAUGAUGUCUUCCUGACAGCUGCAAAGGGAUCUCAUAUCGGAAAGAUAGUUUUCUCAAUUCCAGAUAAUUUUCAGCAAGCGAAGAUUAACCGGUCGUCGGUGCUUUUCGAACAAAAUGCCACUUACGUGAUAACGGGUGCAUUUGGUGGGAUUGGUCUUGCAAUGUCACGAUGGAUUACUACAAAAGGUGCGAGACAUGUCGUAAUGGUUUCCAGACGCGGAUGUCAAAAUUCCGCUGGUCGGCGAGCAAUGAAGUUUAUGAAAAACAAAGGUGUCACGAUUUAUGAAUUUGCCAUUGAUCUCGGCAAGAAGAAGAAUGUUGAACAUAUGCUGGAACAAAUAUACAAAAGAGCACCAUCCAUCAAGGGAUUUUUUCACUUGGCAGGGUACAUAGCUCCAGAAUCUCUGCAAACUCUUAAUCCUUCUGAAACAAACAAGAUUCUCUACUCAAAAGCAAUCAGUGCUCAGUACUUACACUCUCUUACCAAAGAUCAAGAUCUCGAUGUAUUCUUCAUGCUGUCCUCCGUGGCAUCUUUAUGGGGACAUUCUUCACAACCGAUGUACGCCGCGGCGAACAACUUUCUGGAUUCGCUUGCAGAGCUAAGGAGACGUCAAGGACUGGCAUCUCUGAGUGUCCAGCUUGGACCCAUUAGAGGGGCUGGUUUCUUGGAGAGUAAUUCCGAAAUUACCAACACAUUAGCUAGUAAAGGGAACAACACCCUUCACGUGGAAGAGUUUUUGAAUACGUUGUCAACACUCCUACAAUCAUCGGACGUACCAGCCGUUGUAUGUCUUGCGAAUCAGAACUGGACUGAUACUCAGAAGUUUACUUAUAACGACAGCUGCAAAUACAGACACUUUGUGGAAGGUGAUAAUGUCGGAAAGACCGAUUGCUCAUUGUGCCUUGAAGAUGUCGAGAAGACUGUAAAAGAAAAGCUUGGCAAAUUGCUGUUCGUAGAACCCGAUAAUAUUGACAUUAACCAACCAAUGAUUAACUACGGAGUUGACUCUAUGAUGGCAGUAGAAAUGGUCACAUGGGCCAGUAAAGAGCUGAAUGUGGUUGUCUCUCAGCUUGAUAUUCUAGGAGGUAUCACCACAAAGGUGUUGCUGCAGAAGGCGCUAUCUACAGAAUGAUGUUGUGUUACUUUGAAAGGAGCUCAGAUGCCAUUUUAGCAAGGUUAAAUGUUUCUAAAUGCGGAGCAGCUUGUGCUUAUCAUGUAAGCCACAAGUGAUGAUUCCAGAAGUGUUUGAGAAAUACAGGAGCUUUGAUGGAAUUAAUUUUAAUAAUACUUAUAACGUUUUAUAGGGUUUCACAUUUAAUUUUGAACGUCUUGUUUUUAAAACACUAUAAUUGUUUUAUACAAAAUAUUUCAGUAAUGUGUAAAAUAUAUGUCUAUAUAUUAUACGCCCACACAUAUAAUAUAUGCUUAU